AUGCCUAAGAAUAGCAAAGUGGUAAAGAGAGAUUUGGAUGAUGAUGUUAUUGAAUCUGUCAAAGACCUCCUGUCCAAUGAAGAUUCAGUGGAAGAUGUUUCUAAGAAGAGCGAACUAAUUGUUGAUGUUCAAGAAGAGAAAGAUACAGAUGCUGAAGAUGGAUCUGAAGCUGAUGAUGAAAGGCCAGCUUGGAACAGUAAGCUGCAAUACAUUCUGGCCCAAGUUGGAUUUUCCGUAGGUCUGGGGAAUGUGUGGCGGUUCCCAUACCUCUGCCAAAAGAAUGGUGGUGGUGCAUAUCUUUUGCCGUAUUUAAUCCUACUUCUGGUGAUAGGAAUUCCACUCUUUUUCCUGGAACUUUCUGUGGGUCAAAGAAUUCGGAGAGGCAGCAUUGGGGUUUGGAAUUACAUAAGCCCUAAACUGGGUGGGAUUGGAUUUGCAAGCUGUGUAGUGUGCUAUUUUGUAGCUCUCUACUACAAUGUCAUCAUUGGCUGGACAUUGUUUUACUUUUCUCAGUCUUUCCAACAACCUCUUCCCUGGGAUCAAUGCCCCCUGGUGAAAAACUCAUCUCAUCAUUAUAUUGAGUCAGAAUGUGAAAAGAGUUCUGCCACCACCUAUUACUGGUACCGGGAAGCACUGGAUAUCACCAGUUCCAUCUCUGAAAGUGGAGGCUUGAACUGGAAGAUGACUGUCUGCUUGCUGGUUGCCUGGGUCAUGGUUUGUCUGGCCAUGAUUAAAGGCAUUCAGUCCUCUGGAAAAAUCAUGUAUUUUAGUUCUCUGUUCCCCUACGUGGUACUUAUGUGCUUCCUGAUAAGAUCUCUCCUUUUAAAUGGUUCAAUUGAUGGCAUCCGACACAUGUUCACCCCUAAGCUUGAAAUGAUGCUGGAGCCCAAGGUUUGGAGAGAGGCAGCGACUCAGGUCUUCUUUGCGUUGGGUUUGGGAUUUGGUGGAGUCAUCGCAUUUUCGAGUUAUAACAAAAGAGACAACAACUGCCACUUCGACGCUGUCCUUGUGUCUUUCAUCAACUUUUUCACUUCAGUCCUGGCAACACUGGUGGUGUUUGCAGUUUUGGGGUUCAAAGCCAAUAUCGUAAAUGAAAAAUGCAUUUCACAAAAUUCCGAGAUGAUCUUGAAACUUUUGAAAAUGGGAAACAUUAGUUGGGAUGUCAUUCCCCGUCACAUCAACCUUUCAGCUGUCACCGCAGAAGAUUAUCGUUUAGUUUACGACAUCAUUCAAAAAGUGAAGGAGGAGGAGUUUGCUUUUCUUCAUCUCAGCGCCUGUCAAGUUGAGGAUGAGCUCAAUAAAGCUGUGCAGGGUACUGGCUUGGCUUUCAUUGCCUUUACAGAAGCCAUGACACAUUUCCCUGCAUCUCCCUUCUGGUCAGUGAUGUUUUUCCUCAUGUUGAUAAAUCUCGGUCUUGGUAGCAUGUUUGGAACCAUUGAAGGGAUCAUCACUCCUAUUGUGGAUACAUUCAAAGUGAGGAAGGAAAUACUCACUGUUAUCUGUUGCCUCCUAGCAUUUUGUAUUGGCUUGAUAUUUGUGCAGCGCUCUGGAAAUUACUUCGUUACAAUGUUUGAUGAUUAUUCUGCUACAUUGCCUCUGCUAAUUGUGGUCAUCUUGGAGAAUAUUGCUGUAAGCUUCGUUUAUGGCAUAGAUAAGUUUCUAGAAGACCUCACAGAUAUGUUAGGAUUUGCUCCAAGCAAAUAUUACUAUUAUAUGUGGAAAUACAUUUCUCCUCUAAUGCUACUAACAUUGCUAAUAGCUAGCAUUGUGAAUAUGGGAUUAAGUCCUCCUGGAUAUAACGCAUGGAUCAAGGAGAAGGCUUCUGAAGAAUUUCUGAGCUACCCAAUGUGGGGCAUGGUUGUCUGUUUCUCUCUGAUGGUGCUGGCAAUACUUCCUGUCCCAGUGGUGUUCAUCAUUCGUCGCUGCAACCUCAUAGAUGAUACUUCUGGUAACUUGGCCUCCGUGACCUAUAAGAGAGGAAGAGUCCUGAAAGAACCUGUAAACUUGGAAGGAGAUGACGCAAGCCUCAUUCAUGGAAAGAUACCAAGUGAAAUGUCAUCUCCAAGUUUUGGUAAAAAUAUUUAUCGAAAACAAAGUGGUUCCCCGACACUGGACACUGCUCCCAAUGGACGCUAUGGGAUUGGGUAUUUGAUGGCAGACAUGCCAGAUAUGCCAGAGUCUGACUUGUAA